CCCCGCCUCCGCGGCGCGCGCGGAUGCCGUUACCCGCCCGCUCUUCCUCCGCCCGCCCCGGCCGCGCUCCCGCCGCCGCCGCCGCUGCCGCCCGCCCCGCUUUGCUGUCCCAUGGCGCUGAAGCGGAUACAGAAAGAACUAAGUGAUCUGCAGCGAGACCCACCGGCCCACUGUUCUGCCGGACCUGUUGGAGAUGACUUGUUUCAUUGGCAAGCAACAAUUAUGGGACCUCCUGAUAGUGCAUAUCAAGGGGGAGUAUUUUUUCUCACAGUACACUUUCCAACAGACUAUCCUUUCAAACCACCAAAGAUUGCUUUUACAACAAAAAUAUACCACCCAAACAUAAACAGUAAUGGAAGUAUUUGUCUUGAUAUCCUGAGAUCGCAAUGGUCACCAGCUCUGACUGUAUCUAAAGUUUUAUUGUCCAUAUGCUCCUUACUUUGUGAUCCUAAUCCAGAUGAUCCUUUAGUACCGGAUAUUGCACAGAUCUACAAGUCAGACAAGGAAAAAUACAACAGACAUGCAAGAGAAUGGACUCAGAAAUAUGCAAUGUAAACUUGUGAAGACUUUUUCAUAUACCACAGAGUACUGUAAAUUCUAGGGUUUUUUCAAAAUUAGAAGGAAAUGGAGCACAGUUUACUGUUUCAAUGUAUCAUGAUGCCCCUUGAAUUUUUUUCACCCGUGUAAGUGUGUUUCUGGAGCAAAGGAGAACAAACUUCCAAAAAUAACCUUAUGACUGUGAUAAGAAUAUUUAUCCUCUUUGUAUGCUUUGCAGAAGACAUUUAUUAUGGUUUUUAAGAGUUGGACUUCUACAUCUUCAGACUACGAGAUCCAUAAUGCAGUUGUAAAGCAACCAAAUUCUUUUUGCUGGAAAAGUAGCUGUUUUUACAUGAUGAAUACUGUAUGUGUGUCCUUAAAGUACGUUGUCCGUUUCAUAAGUGUGUUCAAAUUUCAUUUUGUUAGUUCACUUAUAUAAUUUGUAUUUUUUUUACUGUAUAGACUAAAUAUUUUAUUUACCAUGUAAGUCAUUUCAUUUUAGACUUACUUGCUUGUGCACAGUAAUGACAAGAUACAACUGCUAGUAAUGAAGUAACUGGAGUAUCCCACCCGUUAGGAUAUUCUAAAAACUGACUGCAGAUUUCUUAAAACCUAAAAUGAUCUUUGCACUGUAAUUCUUUGUAUGCUAAUUAUGGAGAAACACUUGUUUUUGAUUCUGUUGCAUACUUGACUUAAUUUUAUUGCAAUGUGAACUAAUUGCACUGCUAUGUAGAAGGAUACAUAAUCGUUUUGUUGCUAUUCACAACUGAUUUUUGACAUGUGGGCAACAUAACACUAUCACAGACCUUUUACAAAUCUAAAUGUAGCCUUUUCCAUAUAAAUAAAAUGCAUUUUCUACUA